GCGUGACAGGAGGACGACCAGCGCAGCCACUCGGAAAGGAUGGAUCCGGCAGGUCACACAUCAGCACAUUUCGAGUUCCCUUCUGUCGCCCGCGACACCGGUGCCCCUUCAUGACCCUCCACAAGUCCUUCUGCGCCAGCCUUCCAUGAACUUCUGCGUGUACAGCGAGCCGAACAGGCUCGAGGUUUGUGUCGGGGAGAUGGUGGGCUUGCGCCCCUUAUCUCACCUUGAAGGCUGCAUCUUUGCCGCUGCCCCAAGGUUUCCGCGCGGAGUGGCGCUGGACAUGCAGUCCGGCUUGGUGUAUGGUCGGCCCGAGGAACUCACUUUAGGAGAAGUGACCUACUUCGUCACGGCCUGCGAUCCGGGGCGAUUCCCUCUGACAGUGAUACAUGUUGCCAUGAUCAAGCUCACGGUCAGCCUCUCUGUCAAGGUAUCACAGUGA